AUGGAUAUUAAUUAUUAUCCACAAGUGUUUCAUGUUAAGAUUGGAAGAAGUGAUCAAUUUGAUAGUGGUUCUAAUCCUUCAUCACUAGCAAACCUCAGCAAUGUACAAUGGUUGAUCCUCGGUGUUAAUAAUUUAUCUGGUCCCAUUCCAAGUGAACUUGGGAAGUUGAAGUCUCUCACUCAUCUUUCGGUGAUCAGAAAACAGCUUAGUGGUUUCAUUCCUUCAUCAUUUGGUGAUUUGACAUCUUUAAAUCUCCUUUAUAUGUCUCACAAUAAACUUGUUGGUCCCAUUCCUAGUGAAUUUGGGAAGUUGAAGUCUCUCACUGAUUUUCAGGUGAACAACAAUCAAAUUAGUGGUUUUAUUCCUCCAGAGUUUGGAAAUUUAACUCAACUACGAAGACUUAUACUGUCUUCAAAUCAUUUGGUAGGAGAGAUCCCAAAGGACUUUGGGAAGAUGAAAAGUAUGUUGGAACUGUACUUGGCUGUCAACCAACUUUUAGGUGUUAUACCUCUAGAGCUUGGAUUUUGUGAACUCCUUGAAGUACUCGAUCUAUCCAAAAAUAGAUUGAAUGGGUCGAUUCCAACAAGUAUUGGUCAAUGGGCACAAAUCCACUACUUGAAUCCUAGUAAUAACAAGUUCAGUGAGAAAAUCCCAUCGGAAAUUGUUCAAAGUUUGCAUAGUUUGCAAAAAUUGGAUUUUUCUCACAAUAGACUAUAUGGUUCUAUUCCUGAUGCUUUUGCGAAUUUGUCUCGUGGGAUUGAUAUCAACCUUUCUUUCAAUAAGCUCUCUGGUCCAGUCCCCUUUUAUACCAACUUUGUGAAUGCGUCUUUGGAAAGCAAUCCAGAUUUGUGUGGGAAUGUUAAGGGAGUGAAACUUUGUCCAAAUCAAAUUAUGAAGAAGAAAAACGAUCCCUUUCAUCAUAAGCCUAUCCUUGUAAUUAUGCUCCCUCUUAUCGGGGCUGUUUUACUUGGUGUAUUCACGUAUGGUCUCAUUGCUUAUCAACAACAAAAUAAAAAGUUUCCACAAAAAGCAUCAGACGAAGAAAGUGGUGAUUAUUUUUCUAUUACAAGUUUUGAUGGAAAAGUAGUGUAUGCUGAUAUCUUGAAGGCAACAAAUGAUUUCAAUGAAACAUACCACAUUGGAACCGGAGGAUAUGGGACUGUGUACAAAGCGGAGCUACAACCGAACAAUGUGGCAGCUGUUAAGAAACUUCAAUAA